AUGUCUUCUCACGGUCACACCCACGGGCACACGCCCAACCACCCGGCGACGCACGCAAAAGCAGUCGACCCAUCCGCACCCUCGCACCAGCACCUCACGAAGAACCCGACGCACUACGACGCAUCUGACAACACGACGACCUUCCAGUCGACCGACCCCAGCACCGACGCACACGCCAAACCUUCCUCCAAGAUCGUGGGCGACCUCAAGGGCAUGGCCCACGGCGUCGCGGGAUCCCUGGAGGCAGCGACCGGCACCCUCCUGCGGAACAAGAACAUGCAAGAAAAGGGCUUUGAGAAGAUGAGCGAAGAGGACCAGAGACUCGCCGCGAAGUCGGGCAAGCCUCCUGUUGGAACGACGGCAGUUGACGCCAACAGCCCUGAAGCCGCCGCCAGUCAACGCGGACACACGACGACGGAAUUGUUAAAGUGA